AUGACAGUCACAGAAUUCAUCCUCCUCUCCUUCAAACACCCCUCCUCCUCCCCGUCUGCAGCCUGGGCCGACGUCACAUCCUCCCUCAAAUCCGUCCCCGGCGUGACCUCCCUCUUCACCGGCCCCCAGCUCGAGGACCCCUCACGGCACCUCCUCGUGAUCAACUGGGCCUCCCCGGAAGCCUUCUCCGCCUUCGCCUCCUCGGAGUCCUACACGCCCUGGUUCGCCUCCCUCAAAGCCAUCGCUGCAACGGACCCCGCGCCAGUCUUCUACAAAGCCCCUCUAGUCCCGGACGAGCAGGAGAAGGCCCUGCGCGCGCCCUGCACCGAGGUCUUCGUCGCCUACGGCGUCGAGCCCGACUUCAUUGGCAAGACGGCCGAGUUCGCGGGAGGACUGUCGGCGGCUCCGAUCGCGGGGUUCCACGGACACGCGUACGGCGAGGUGUCGACGCCGCUUGCGUUCGGGGCUGAGGGCGAGAAGGGGCCUGCGGUGACGUUGUUACUUGGGUGGGAUAGCAAAGAGGCGCAUCUUGAAGCCAAGGGCAAGGCUGGACCAAUCUCUGACAACAUCCAUCUAUUGAGGUCGGGACGUAAGGAUAUCGCCAUGUUCCACGUGAAUCUCAAGCAAAUCUGA